UCUCCGGUCUCCUUUUCCAAACCAUUCCCUUCUUCUACAAAGCUUUUAUGAUAUCAAGAGCCAUUAGGGAAGAACAAGAUCCCAUGAAAUCUUUACCUCCUUCCUCCUCCUCCUCCUACUCCAUCCAAACCAACACCAUCAGCCCGUCCACCAUAAUCCCGCCGAACCUCAGUUUCUUGUUUCUAACAUCAAGAAUCUUGCCCCACACCAUUUCAGCAUCUGGUUCCAAGAUUGAACCUGAAGACGUUAUGCUUCACAUUCUCAAUGGCCUACCUUCAACUUACAACUCCUUCAAAUCUACCAUCCGUAACUCUCUAAUUCUCAUUGAUCUUGAUACAUUCUACGCCCUUCUGUGCAACGAAGAGAUUCAUCUUCAUCAAGAAAGUCUGCAAGAACAGCCCAGUAAUGCCUCCCCUGCGACUAUCUAUGCCGCUCCUUCCAACUCAUCUCGCACUCGCAACGGCAACAACAGACGCUACACCAAACACAAGACUUCAUUUCCCACUCAAACUGUUCCGGUUCCUCAGCUCAACUCCUCUGUUCCGCAGCAACAGUGGCCAACCUGCCAGAUCUGUGGCAAACUAGGGCAUAUCACACUCAAUUGUUGGCAUCGCAACAAUCCCAACCAAGGUUCGGACACGGUUUCGACAGCCAAUGGUAACGCUAGCUCUUCCCAUCUCCAACUCCGGUCAAGGCCUUCUUCCCUUACCGGACACGGCUUCACUCACGGGACCAUCAUCCACUGCUUCAUGGACAACUUCAUAAUGGGCUCUACCAUAUUCGCACAGCUCCUGUUCCUCCGCAUGCAGCUCUUACGGCCACCACAUCUGCCUCUCGGCACUGGCACACUCGCCUUGUUCAUCCGAAUAAGGAUACCCACAAUGUUCUUUCUAGGCUAUUUCCUGAAAUUCAAUCUGUACCUAAUUCUUUCUUUUGUGAUUCUUGUAACCGGGCCAAGAGCCACAAAUUAGUUUUUAAUAAUAGCAAUUCCCUUACCACUGCACCUUUUGAACUUAUUCACACUGAUACUUGGGGUCCGGCUCCGCAUUCUUCUUUGGACGGUCAUCGCUAUUACAUUAUAUUCAUCGACGACUUCACUCGUUUUUCUUGGCUUUAUCUUCUUUAUGCCAAAAGUGAUGUCUUCACUGUGCUUAAAAAUUUUUGUAACAUGGUUAAGACUCAAUAUAACAAAAUUCCUAAAAUUCUUCGUUCCGACGGUGGCGGCGAAUACACUAGCCAUGCGUUUCGUUCAUACCUCCACGAAAAUGGGAAUUUACAUCAUCUUUCUUGUCCCCAUACACCGGAGCAGAAUGGUCUUGCUGAACGAAAACAUCGUCACCUUCUUGACCUUACCCGAGCCCUUAUGCAUGACUCUGGAUUACUGCCCAAAUUCUGGUCCUUUGCUAUCGCUACGGCUAACCACUUAAUCAACCGAUUGCCUUCAAAAACCAUUUCGAAUCAAAUCCCUUUUCAGCUCCUUCACGGGAUCCCACCUUCGUAUACUCAUCUUCGCACUUUCGGUUGUUUGUGCUAUUCUUGGCUGAAGCCGUACACUAAGGACAAAUUCACACCUCGAUCCUCUCCCUGUGUAUUCAUUGGAUAUUCCUCACAGCACAAAGGUUAUCUCUGUCAAAACUACACUACCGGUCGCACUUAUACCUAUCGGCACGUUGUUUUUUACGAAGAAUUAUUUCUACUUAAACACAACUCAAACUCGCUUUCUACUCCCGAUCCAGUAAUCACCACUCCCACUCCUCCUCUCCUUCUUAUCCCCACGUCUACAAUUUCUCCUCCGAUCACGGAAAUCACCGUGCCUCAGCCACUGAUCUGACAGCCCCAAACACUUUUAACCCCCGCUGGGCUCUCUACCGAGAGCUGUUACCUCCUUGGACUCACCUCAGCCCAUAUCCACCCAAUCGCUUCUAACUCCACUUCCAACCCGUGUUGCCCAUCCGAUGCAAACACGACUUAAAUCGGGGAUCCUUAAACCAAAACCUGUUUUUAAUCUUCUUGCCCAGAUCACUUCUCCGACCACACCCACUUCCUACAUUCAAGCCCUCAAGACAGCACAUUGGCGCAAUGCAACAGAAAUUCGACGCCCUUCAACGGCAAUCCACCUGGACUCUCGUUUCCCCUCCACCUGAUAAGCCGGUACUAGGCUGUAAAUGGGCGUACAAAAUCAAGCUUCUCCCCAGCGGCCAAGUCGAGCGUUACAAAGCAAGACUCGUGGCUCUCGGCUAUAAUCAACAGUUUGGGAUAAACUAUACCGAGACUUUUAGCCUGGUUGCUAAGAUGCCCACUAUCCGCCUUCUACUCACUCUCUCGCUCAACCAGCAAUGGCUCAUGUAUCAACUGGACAUCUUCAACGCCUUCCUUCAUGGCGACCUACCGGAUGACAUCUACAUGUGACAACCACCAAGCUUCGCCGGCCCUGCUCAUGCACACGCGGUGUGCAAACUCCACAAAUCCCUCUACGGGCUCAAACAAGCACCGCGGCAAUGGUUUCAAACGCUCACAAGCUUUCUCCAACAUCAAGGCUUUGGGUUUAGUCAUUCUGAUCCCUCACUUCUUAUUUUUCACCGCAAUCAUAUUCACAUGUAUUUACUUAUCUAUGUUGAUGAUUUCCUCGUGACAGGCAAUGAUGAGGCAGCCAUCCGCCAACUCCUUCAACAAUUGCAAUCACAAUUUGCACUCAAGCAGCUGGGCAACAUCUCCCUCUUUCUUGGAAUCCACGUGACUCGUUCCAACUCUGGCUAUUUUUUAUCCCAAGAACACUAUGCUACUAAACUUCUCAACAAUGUAGGUUACAAAGAUUGCAAAGUGGCACCAACGCCUAUCACGCCUAACACGAAACAGCCGGAACACAACAGCCCGCCCUUCUCUGAUCUGUCCCUCUACCAUCGGCUGGCUGGUUCGCGUUAGUACUUGUCUAUAACCCGACCAGACAUCGCCUUUGCAACCAACCAGGUUUGUCAGCACAUGCAAUCUCCCACCAAACAAGACUUCAAGGCUCUAAAACGAUUACUCCGCUAUAUCAAAGGAACUCUUUCCUACGGUCUACCGAUCACACCUGGCUCGUUCGACCUUCGCUCCUAUUCGGAUGCCAACUGGGCGUCUGAUUCUACAUAUCGGAAAUCAAUCUCAGGCUAUUUCACCUUUCUUGGUCCAAAUCUCAUCUCAUGGACUGUGAAAAAGCAGGCGACAGUGGCCAAAUCCUCCACCGAAGCGGAGUACUGGUCCCUUUCCGCUGCUGCUUCCGAUGUCGUCUGGCUUCAUCGACUUGCUUCCGAACUCCAGUUACCACAGCCUCAACCGACCACCAUUCAUUACGACAACACCUCGGUCAUGGCCAUCGCCAAAAACCCGGUGUUUCAUGCACUCACAAAGCAUGUUGACAUCGACUACCAUUUCAUUGUCAGCAAAUUGGCGCCGGCAACAUUCAGCUUAAGUUCAUCUCUUCCAAAGAUCAAGUUGUUGAUAUUUUAACCAAGCCAUUCUCGAUCACUCGGUUUCUAAGGAGCAAAUUAACUAUUUGGACUCUCGAAUGAUUAAUUUGAGGGGGACUAUUAGCAGAUAAAACAUGUACCCUUAGAGUCUUUAAUUGUAUUUACAGCUUUACCUUUAUUUUAGUCUAUUUAAUGUUCCCUGUAUGCUUUAGCAGUAAGAUAGAAUAAUAAUAUUAGUUUUGGUUUCUGGCA